AUGGCAUCCGACGACAUAGUCGGCGCCGCGAGCGCCUGCCAGUCGGGGCAGGCGGCGCUGGCCGCGGGCUUGCUAAAACGCUUCACGGCAGCCAUGGCCACGGCCGGCGGCAACCUCGUCUUCUCGCCUCUCUCGAUCCACGUCGCGCUUGCGCUCAUGUCGGCGGGCGCCGGCGGUAAGACGCUGGACCAGAUCCUCGCCGUGGCCGGCGCGCCGUCGAGGGGCGAGCUCGAGGCGUUCGUCAGGGACACUGUGGUGGAGCGCACCCUCGCGGAUCGGUCGGCGACAGGCGGGCCGUGCGUGGCGUUCGCGUGCGGCGUGUGGAGCGACAAGAGAUUCCCGCUGAAUAAGGCCUAUCGCGACACCAUCGUGCAGAUCUACAAGGGCGACGCAUGGACCGUCGACUUCCAGAAUCAUCCAGUGGAAGCAAGGAAGCAAAUUAACGCGUGGGUGGCCAGGGUAACCAGGAACCUCAUAAGCGAGGUGGUGAACCCACAAGCCCAAAGUAAAGAGACCCUCAAGGUGGUAGCAAACGCCAUCUACUUCAAGGGCGAGUGGCGCCAGCCUUUUGACAAGGAGCACACGGUGGACCACCGCAAGUUCCACCUCCUCGAUGGAAGCCCUGUCAAAGCCUUCUUCAUGAGGAGGCUGCGGUUGCACGAAGAGCAGAUCGCCUGCCAUGACGGGUUCAAGGUGCUCAAGCUGCCAUACAAGGCAGUUGACGAGAGCUCGCCGGGCUUCCACUGGAAGCAGUUGGCGAGCCUCCCCAAGUUCUCCAUGUGUGUGUUCCUCCCUGACGCCCGCGACGGCCUACCAAGCCUACUCAGCAGGAUGACGUCCCGGCCAGAGUUCCUGCACGAGCACCUACCUACUUCGUUGGUUCCGGUCGGCGAUUUCCGGCUGCCCAGGUUCAAGCUGACCUUCCAGAGCAGCAUCGUCAACGUCCUUAAGAGCCUGGGCCUGCGCCUUCCGUUCGAACCUGACACGAUGGACUUGACGGAGAAGAUGGAGGGCGCACAGCUGUACGUUGACGACGUCAUCCACAAGGCGGUCAUUGAGGUGAACGAGGCGGGGAGCGAGGCUGCAGCCUACACCGAGUCAGACGACGACAUGGGGUUCUCCCUGUUCGGUGAUGAGCCGCCGCCGCCCAAGCCGGUGGACUUUGUCGCUGACCAUCCUUUCGCUUUCUUCAUCAUCGAGGAGACGACGGGCACCAUUGUUUUCUCUGGGCAUGUGCUUGACCCUUCAAAGGAAGAGUAGAGUCUGAAUAGAAAACAGAUGAUCCAAAACUGGAGGCAUGGUUUAAGCUUUGUACAUUGUCUCUCCCAUUUUCCGCUGAUCCCCUAUUGAUAGUUCAAAAGGGAUGGCAAGCUUAUCUUAGCCUUCACGCCGUCUGAAAUUCAAGCUAAGGUAAGUGAUUAUCCUUCUUAAGAGGAAGAACAACCCAUUUCUUUCGUUUUCUUUCUUUUCGGUAAUCAUGCUACCAUUGUGCAUACCUUCAUGUACCAUGAAUAAGCUAAUCUGACUUGCUUAUCUGAA